AUGAGGAUCGCGCGUGUGAUCACGGUCUACAUUGCAUUAAUAUCAACAUUCCUUGGUGCAGAAACCGUGCGUUCAAAGAGAUGGCAGGAGCCGAAGGAGAAUCUGCCGCAGCUGAAAUCGGAAAAUGAGACUGACCCUAGAAAGAUAACGUUUACCACCUCUCAACCAGAAACAUAUCGACAGAAAGCAUCCCCUAAUCAACAUAAAACACACUCGAAUGUUUUCGUUGGUCCAAGUAAAAGAUUUAUCAAAAUUCGUCCAGGUCGUUCGAUGUCAUCAGGACUUCGUGAGCCAAUUCGGUUUAAAGGAAACCGACGUCGAAGGCAACUCCAACACUCUGGUGGCAAGACAGGUAACAUAGGGCGAUCAUACGAACUGAACGAGAACUACAUUGAAAAUCAGCAUAUAGAGACCGUGCAGGGGCCAGCGGAAGCUUUCGAGGAAGGAGCCAUUCGCAUCGAGCCUGUCUAUCGAGUGACGAAAAACAAGAACAUCUUUGACUCGAUCGUGGACAUAAUUCGACGUGUGAUCGAUCCUCCAAAAUCCAUGGGUCCUCUCAUUGGGCCAUUUGAUUUCCCAGGCGUGGGUGAUAAAGUGUACAUAAGACUCCUGGAACCAGUGAACUCAGAUCAUUUGGUGGUACGAUUAAUAUCACACUUACCGGCUACCGAAAUUGAGUCGACGUUCGAUAAAAAUAUCCUUCCCUCCAGCGAAGUGAUAGAGCACGCGGAGAUCCCGUUGGUUGACCAUGGAUCUCUUCCUUUGUCAAACGAUGGACUGAUCGCAACCUACAAUCAUCAUACCAAUGUUCAUCAGAUGUCAUCGGACAGUGCAUUAUCAUCUAGUAAUAAUGUUAUUAAAGUUUCAAAACCAUCGACUAGCUUUGCUCAAAAUAGUGAACACGCGAAUAGGAACUCUAUAGAGGGCCACAGAAUGAGAACAUACAAGUUAAACUUUAAGCAAGGCAAUGUAAACGGUGUCCAGCAGAUCAUCAAUCAUCACAAGCAGAAUCCUGCUUUGGUUGCAAUAGUUAGGAACAACCAUGCCAACCCUAUUUCUCGUUUGGCGACAACUGAUCGGGUAAACAGGACCCAAGGUAGCCUACAUCCUCAGGCAAACGGUUUCCAAGACAGCUCCGAGUAUAUGAAUCAGUUUUACCUACCAAGUGCUAAUGAAUCCAGUAACGAAAAUUCGAAGCUGUUGACCGUCGAUUUUCAGCAGUUACAGGAUCCGAGGAACUUCUCUGUACCCAUGCAAAUGGUUUACCAUAAUCCUACUCCCUCGUUCAAAGCGUUUUCAAGUGACGAAUUCCCAAAUCCACAGCAAAUGCCAAACUUCAACGAUCAACAGGCUCCAUCGAAACAUAUCUUCAACGAAUCCAACGAAGAGCAACCAAAAUACAGCAUCCAGUUUGCUAGCAAGAAUAUGAGGUACCUCAAUCUAGAUGGAAGCGUUGAGCCAGCCAUUAAGAAGGAUAGCGAAGAGAGGUUCGAGCCAAUGGAGCUGGGCCCUAUUUUCUCAAAGGUACCUAGAUCAGCUGAUCAUCAUUGGAAAGCAAUUGAAUCGUCGGCGAAUAAGCAGAGCCACAUGGGCUUACAAAAAAGGAACGACGACAACGGUGACGCGUUCUUAAGGUCGUUUCGGAAGUCAGUCGAUGACAGGAUGAAUUAUUCACUAGGCACAGUAGCGAAUAAGACAGUAAUAAGGUCCGGGAAGCAAGGGUCGAAGUGUUGUUCGCAAGAAGAAGUGGAGAAUAAGAGCACGAAAACUGGUUCCGAUGAACAGCAUAGAAGUGAGUCGGGUAUAAAUAAUUCAGCUAGUAGCGUGAAAUCCUCAACGAGAAUCGGAUCGGCGAACAGAUCUCUGCUGUAG